CUCCUUUUUUAUAUUUUUAAAAAAGUGGUAGCAAUAACUACCUUAAUUUCUACAAUAGUCGUAGCUCAAUUCUCAAGGUCACCAGCCUCUCCAUUCAGCCAUGGAACAAGAGAACAUACAUGGCAGGAUGUCUGUGCCUCAGUUUGGAGGGUGGGACCAAAACGCACCAGGAGCUACCGACUAUUCGGUGGUGUUCACCCAAGCUCGUGCUAACAAAAAGCACCAGAAGACCAGCAUGACUGAAAUCAAGACUAAAAUUCAUGAGAUUGAAGGGGACUCUGUUAAUUCUAAUAAUAGUCAAUCUCAUCAUCAUCAUCACCAUCAUCAUCAUCAUCAUGUUCGCAGUCAUGCUCCUGAAGAUUCUAUGGGGAAAAAGAGGAUCAUGGCCUACAUCAAUUGUUGCAUUAAGCCGUGAGGUGCUAAGAACCAUACUACCACAGCGACUCCUCAAUUUUCAAGUCAAUGACAUGCUACUAAAGCACGAGGGAUCUAUGACUUGUAACAUGCACGUAACUGAGUCGAGUUCAACGGAAACUUGACCUUAAACUUUAGUAAUCUGUGUGAGCUAUAUAUUGUACAGUAUCUUAUUUAAGUUGUUGUCUCUUUCUUCUCCAAGAGAUUUAGUCAAUAAGCAAUAUAUUACAUGGGUGGAGAAAAGGUAACACCAAGCAUA